CUGUCAAUUGAUCCCACUUGUUUAUUUUUUAUUCUGUAUUUGUACGCUUUUUUGUUGAUCGUCUUUUUCCAGCAAUUUAGUUAUUAGUUUAUGCUUUUAUAACUUUAGUGCAAUAGAAAGAGUUAUUUGAACGAGAUCGUUUAUCAGUGAUCGGCAAAGCAACAUCGGAUCCACUGGAAAGACUACAUUCCACCAUCAAAAUGCUGAAGAACGCUGUUGCUUUGGUGACCGGUGGAGCCUCGGGACUUGGACGUGCUACGGUGGAGCGCUUUGCCCGUGCCGGCUACAAUGUUCUACUUUGUGAUUUACCAACCUCGAAAGGCAACGAAGUUGCCAAGGAAAUUGGGGACAAAGUGGUGUACGUUCCCGUCGAUGUGCUAUCGGAGAAAGACGUAACCGGUGCGCUGGAGGUGGCCAAGAGUAAAUUUGGGCGCCUAGACGUGUCGGUCAACUGUGCCGGCAUUGCGGUGGCCGUAAAGACGUACAAUUUCAACAAGAAGGUCGCACACAAACUGGAGGAUUUUCAACGCGUUCUCCUGGUGAACACGGCCGGUACGUUUAACGUCAUCCGUCUGUCGGCUGGAUUGAUGGGCGAGAAUGAACCGAACGCCGAUGGUCAGCGUGGUGUGAUUGUUAAUACGGCAUCGGUGGCGGCGUAUGACGGGCAGAUUGGACAAGCAGCCUACUCGGCAUCGAAAGCGGCUGUCGUCGGAAUGACGCUCCCCAUUGCUAGAGACCUCAGCACGCAAGGUAUACGGAUUGUGACUAUUGCCCCGGGACUGUUCAAUACCCCGAUGCUGCAAGCAUUGCCAGAGAAGGUUCGUGCCUUCUUGGCCAAGACCAUACCAUUUCCGCAGCGUUUGGGUGAGCCAGCUGAAUACGCCCAGCUUGUUCAAAGCAUCGUCGAUAAUCCGCUUCUGAACGGAGAAGUAAUUCGCCUGGACGGCGCUCUUCGAAUGAUGCCAUAAACUCUACCCCUGUGGAAGAUGUAAACUCCGAUGGGUCAUAACGGAUGCAUUUAUUUAGUACCUCGGUGGGAUACAUGUUAAAAAUCGUUAAACGAUUCCUUUUCUCAGGGCAUUUUCAAUGCAUGACGAGAAAAUCAAAAUAAAUUUCCUAUAUAUUGCA